AGUCUCAAUACCAAUGUCAGUGCCAGUGUCAGUACCAUGAGGGAGUAUCCGGAAUACGGGCGACGUAGCAGUCAGGAACAAGAUGCUAAAUCGAGAUACCAGGAGGAAGGACACAGGACGCCGGGAAGUGGACAAGGAUACAACGUAUAUUUCCAAGAUUCAUCGUUUUCUACGAUGUACGACCGCCAGGAUGAUUAUGAUCUUGAUGAGGAUAACGAAGAAUAUAUGGAGGAGGACAGAGACGCCGAGGAUCAGGAUGAUAGCGAUGAAGAUACUGAGGAAGCCAGCGAGACUGACAUGGGAAAAUCAGAAGAAUAUACAGAAAUCAAGGAGCAGAUGUAUCAAGACAAGUUAGCAAGCUUGAAGAAGCAACUACAACAACUUCACGAUGGCUCACAUCCUGAAUACAGUCGUAAAUUGAAACGACUGGAAUUCCAAUAUAAGGAUAGAUUGAGUCUAAAUAUAAUUUAUCGAGACUACUUGACGGAAUGUGUCGAACGAGAUUAUAUAUUAGAGAAAAAAGCAGCAGUAAAAGAAUUUGAGGAGAAGAAAAUUGAUCUAAAAGAAAAUUUACUUACCGAUAUGGAGGAGAAGCGUAAAAUGAUAGAGUCUGACCGUCACACGAUGGAACUUACUGGUGAUUCAAUGGAGGUGAAACCAGUAAUGACGAGGAAAUUACGAAGACGUCCCAAUGAUCCAGUACCCGAAAAGGUAGAAAAGCGACGAAAACCAGCCCCAGCGUCAUUAAAUUAUUUAUUGGAUGAAAAAGAGAUCGAAAACGAUUUAAAGGCAAUCAGUCGUGGCAAAGUACUCACUACCGUUCGUAAACCAGUAGUUUUACCACACUACAAUACAGUAAAUAUGCAGUCUCAACAUAUACCGCAAUCCUCUGAGACUCCAUUGGUAGAAACUCGGAUAGAGGAUGGGAAAUUGUUGUAUGAGAGGAGAUGGUUUCACCGUGGUCAACCUGUCUACGUAGAGGGUAAAGAUCUCGCCAGGUUCGCAGCGCACAUUUCAGCGAUCGGCACUGAAGCGAUCUGGGUGAAAAAGGUUUCGGACUCUAGCAAAGUGCGUAUUUAUACGUCGCAAUUGAGUCGUGGGAAGAUCUCCAUCAAACGACGAGCGUCUUAAUGAACUUUCCAAUCACCGCCUAUCCUUAAAUUUCUGACAGGGCACGCUUGUUACUGACUGAUGCAGCACCAUUUGGUAUGGAACCGAUGAUUUUCACGCUGCUGCUCUUCUGCCACCAGCAAAACCAUGCUUUUUGGUGAUAUUGCAACGAUAUAUAAAUCCAAAUGAAGUAAGACAGAAUCAGGAAGGCCAUCAUUGAGAGCAGGGAAUAAGUAGUCCAUCGCGCAGGUGGAAAAUUGUCGUAAUUGUUCAUAGCGUAAAAGUCCGCUGCCACCACGCACACGUAAGUGCAUGCAAUGGUUACGGGGGUGAUUAUGAGACAUCUCAGCAAGUCGGCCUUCACGCUGCGGGCAUACAUGUCAUACUGGUCUUGAUUUAGACAGAGCCAGAUUAUAAUGGAGCGAAGGACCUUGUAACGAGGUGUCCGUUCAACUCGGAAUUCGUGGCCGCACAAUUCGCAACUAUUCCUGUUGCCUUCUUCUAACCAUCGUUCCAAACACUUUAGAUGGAUCGCGCCCAUUGUUCCCUAAUUCCAAUGUUGGAAUCAGCAGUAGUUUUAAAUCAUUUUUGUAAAAAAAAUUCUUCAAAUAUCUAUUUUAAUUAUAUAUAAUUAUAUAUAUAAUUUUAAUUGUAUAUAAACAUUAAAUGUAAUGUGAAUUUUGUAAA